CUCUUCAACCAACAACUGCAAAAUCCCCUUCUUCUCUUAACCAACAACUGAAAUAGUUCUUUUUUCUACCCUUUAAGCUCCAUAAGAAGAAGAGCUUAAAAAAACAGAGCAAAGAAGAAAAAAAAUCAAGAUUUGAGAGGGGGGAAAUGGGGAAGUAUAUGAGGAAGAGGAAUACAAAAACUACUGGGGAAGUUGUUGCUGUUUUGGAUGUGAGUCCUCUUGGUGUUCGUACAAGAGCUAAAACCCUAGCUCUUCAGCGAUUGAAGAAAUCGAGCUCUGAUACGGCUAUUGCCGCCGCCGCCGCCGCCGGCGGUGGUGAUGGGUGUUAUCUGCAGCUGAGGAGCAGGCGGCUUGAGAAACCCUUGGUGGGUUUUGAAGGGAAAAGACAGAAACACCCUUUGAAGGAAUCGAAAAGACAGAAUAGGAGUUUGAGCGUGAAGGAGAUGAAGGGGAAAUCUUGGAAUUCUGGGUCGGUUGAGGGUGAAAUGGAGGAAAAGGAAGAAAUUCAGGAAACCCAGAAGGAAAUUAACAAAAAUGGAAGCUGUGAAGGAGAAAACUUGCUGGAAUUCGAUGGUAGAGAGAGGACCACUAGGGAGAGCACACCUUGCAGUUUGAUCAGGGACCCAAAUAACAUACAAACCCCUGGUUCCAGUACAAGACCUAACAAUGCUAGUGAAGCUAACGACGGAGAGCCAAAUUCACCGCAACUAAUUAUCCCAACAGCUCAUGAAAUGAAGGGCUUCUUUGCUGCAGAAAAGAAGCAGCAGAGAGAAUUCAUUGAGAAGUACAACUUUGAUCCAGUGAAUGACAAGCCCCUCCCUGGACGUUACGAAUGGGUGAAAGUAGAUGGUUAGAAAUGGUUUGAACUAGAUCGGUAGAUAUGGACAUAUGGUAUCGGCAUCCCAGGAGGACUUGUCCAGCAUUUUCUUGUUUGAUCUUUAGGUCUAGAUAAUGGUAGGAAAACAACAAGGAUUGUUAGUUAGUCCCUACUUGGUGAUGGUCAUAUUUUGUUUCCAGUCACCCUUGUAAAGAAUUUAGGACAGCAAGUUCUAAACUGUAGACUAGUGAUCUGUAGCAUAACAGUGUGUGAAUUUAUUCAACAAAUAUAAGGAGAUCCUUUGUCUAACAGAACGUCAAAGGGUGGUUGUUGUAGUCAUAAUGGUUAUGUUAGUCAUAGUGUUGUAGUACAUGAGUUCAGUCUAGUAAUCUUUGUUUCCAUUAUCAUGUAAUCCCCCCCUCCCCCAACCCCCAACCCAACCUUUGUUGUCCGUUCCAGUGAUGAAUAAAAUAUUGAGCUUCAAAGUUUACCUUA